GUCAAACUGUUUUUGCUAAGCAUCUUUUGGCUUCUCUCUUUCUAGUAGAAGACAGACAUGGCGAUUGGAGUUAAGGCAUUGCAUUUGUCGGUUGUGCCUCACGUGCUCGCCAUUGCCGGCGCCGUCAUGGUUUUGGUUUGGAAUAUUCACUUCAGAGGUGGAUUAGCUUGGGAAUCCUCCAACAAAAAUCUCAUCUUCAAUAUCCAUCCUGUGUUGAUGUUGAUUGGCUUCAUUAUCAUAGGAGGUCAAGCCAUUAUGAGCUACAAGGCAUUGCCAUUGAAGAAGGAAGUUAAGAAACUAAUACAUCUUGUGCUACAUGCCAUUGCUCUAAUCCUGGGCAUUACUGGAAUAUAUACUGCAUUCAAGAAUCAUAAUGAGAGUGGGAUACCAAAUCUCUACAGCUUUCAUUCUUGGCUUGGGAUUGGAGUCAUUGUCCUUUAUGGCAUUCAGUGGAUAUAUGGCUUCCUCGUGUUCUUCUACCCUGGAGGAUCGACCGGAUUAAGAAGGGAAUCCCUUCCGUGGCACGUGCUGUUGGGGCUUCUUGUGUACAUCUUGGCUGUUGGCAAUGCCAGCUUGGGGUUCCUGGAGAAGCUUACAUUCCUGGAGAACUCGGGGCUGGACAAAUAUGGUGCUGAGGCCUUCCUUGUAAACUUCACAGCUAUUGUCACAAUUCUGUACGGGGCAUUCGUUGUGUUUACGGUUUUCUCCAUUGCUCCUCAAGAGGAUGACUACAGCUAUUCGUCUAUAUAGUUUGAUGUAUGAAUCUAUAUCUAUAUCCAUGUAUCGCUUAAUGGUGUAUAUCUGUGAUUAUCUGUAUUUCUAGACAAAGUUGUUGUGAUCAAUAAUAUUGGUAAUUUGUGGGACCUUAUAGCUGUAAUUGAGGA